CUCUCUCUCUCUCUCUCUCAAUGGAUUCAUCGGCGCCUCUGCGAAGCCCCUCCUCCGAUGAGCGAUUGUGGAGCAAGCUCCGGGACCGGGUCGACGCCAUUCUCGAGCAACGCAAGCCUAAAGAUCAUGCUGGAUGGUUCUUAUCCUCCAUUGAUUGUGGGGUGGAAUCAGACCGAGCGAAGAGGCUCAGAGAGGAUGCGCAGCUUCUUAUCCGUGGUUUGGAUUCGGUCGCUUCAUCGCUCUCGCAGCUCACCGGUACUUUGAGCGCUGCGCAGCAGGAAGUCAGUGAUCUUGCAAAGCCCUCUAUUCCAAAAGGAUCAAAACGAGAAAACCAGAGAGUUGAAGAUGAAAACCAGCCAAAAGCAAAGCGCCAUUGUGUUUCUAAUGAGCCUGAAGACCGAAAUGAGGCGACAGACAAUGAAAAACUUGAGGUUGAAGAAGAAAAAUCAGUAGAUGUUCUCAAGAGUGGAAAUCUCAAGAAGGCCAAAACUCUUGCUUUUUCCAUGGCAACUAAAGCAGCUUCGCUCGCGAGGGAACUGAAAAAUAUAAAAUCAGAAUUGAGUUUUAUGCAAGAAAGGUGCACACUUCUUGAAGAGGAGAACAGGAGAUUGAGAGAUGGACUUGAGAAAGGUGUUGGCGCAGAGGAAGAUGAUCUGGUGAGGCUUCAACUUGAGGCAUUGCUAGCCGAAAAAUCAAGACUGGCAAACGAAAACACAAACCUGACAAGAGAAAACCAAUGCCUUCAUCAACUUGUUGAGUAUCAUCAACUAACAUCAAAUGACUUAUCGGCCUCCUACGAACAAGUCAUACAAGGAAUGUGUCUCGACUUCUCUUCUCCGAUUCAGGAAACAAAUGAAUUCGAUGACAGUGAUACCGAGGCUCCUUGCACUCCAACAUCAAAUCAUCUGAGAAUUUCAUCAUCGUCUGUUGGAGACGAUGCACAACCAGAGUAAAUUGCAUGUCGAGAAGGAUUCUGUCUCUUUUCCCACAUUUGGUUGGAAAAUUGAGGAUAUCGGUGCCUUUUCCGACCACUUUGAAACUAUGUACUAUUGUUAUGAACACUAUAUGUACUAUAUGAAUGCUUAUUUAUAAUAAUGUAUUUAGUUUUUGAA